UCUGUAUGCGAAGGAUAUAAGACACCAGAGUAUCAGGGUCUUGGUAUCUUUAAAAAGAAGUUUCCAAGGGUACCUCUUGUGGCCUUGGCUUCUAUCGAGCCAGACGGUAUCAGAGAUGAGGCGGUCGACAUUUUGGGUCUUGUGAACUGCAUUCAUUUUAAGCGGAGGUCAGUCGAUUGUAAGUGUCAGAAAGCAGGGAUGGACAGUCACAAGGUUGAAGAUAAAGAGCUAGAAUUUCGUCCAGAAGAUUCAAGUCAUUUCGAAAAGUAUGGAGUUUCAGCAGCAUCUGUGGAAGCAGAACCUUGUGUCGUGGGUAUUGAAAGUUCAAACAAUGAAAGAGGGAGAGGCAACAACUUUCCAUGGACAAAGGAGCUAGAGGAACUGGGCAAAAAAUUAUAUGUCAAUUUUUCUUUGAAACCGGAGCAAAGAGAUGUGAUCAAUGCAACUAUGAGUGGACACGAUGUUUUUGCAGAAAUGUCACCUAUAGACGGAAGUCACAUGACAUAUCAGCUCCCUGCUCUUUUACGUCCUGGGACGACUGUGGUUGUUGUCCCACUUCCUGAAAUAGUCGACGUUCGAGUUAAGAAUCCCUCACCGGGAACAAAAUCUAUGGGUCUAUCUGGCUCAAUGGAGCUGACUGAACAACAGAGGAUUCUGGGGGAGCUUGUGAAAGAAAGUUGUGAAUGCAAGCUGCUAUAUGUCACCGCUGACACAAUUACCGAAAGUGAGCUACUUCUGGAACACUUGAAAACUCUAUAUGAUCGUGGAUUGCUUGCUAGAAUUGUCAUUGAAGAAGUUCAAUCUGUAUGCGAAGGAUAUAAGACACCAGAGUAUCAGGGUCUUGGUAUCUUUAAAAAGAAGUUUCCAAGGGUACCUCUUGUGGCCUUGGCUUCUAUCGAGCCAGACGGUAUCAGAGAUGAGGCGGUCGACAUUUUGGGUCUUGUGAACUGCAUUCAUUUUAAGCGGAGGUCAGUCGAUUGUAAGUGUCAGAAAGCAGGGAUGGACAGUCACAAGGUUGAAGAUAAAGAGCUAGAAUUUCGUCCAGAAGAUUCAAUUCACUUCGAAAAGUAUGGAGUUUCAGCAGCAUCUGUGGAAGCAGAACCUUGUGUCGUGGAUAUUGAAAGUUCAAACAAUGAAAGAUGGAGCAGCUACAACUUUCCAUGGGGAAAGGGGCUAGAGGAAUUCAGCGGAAGAUUAUUUGGCAAUUUUUCUUUGGGACCGGAGCAAAGAGAAGUGAUCAAUGCAACUAUGAGUGGGCGCGAUGUUUUUGCAGUAAUGUCAGUUGUAGAAGGAAGCGAAGUGACAUAUCAGCUCUCUGCUCUUUUAUGUCCUGGGAUGACUUUGGUUGUUGUCCCACUUCCUUCCUUUAUCGCCCAUCUAGUUGAACAUCCAGUACUGGGAAAAAAAUCUAUGGAUCUAUUUGGCUUAAGGAAGCUGACUGAACGACAGAGGAUUCGGGAGGAGCUUGUGACAGAACGUUGUGAAUUCAAGCUGCUAUAUGUCACCGCUGAUGACACAAUUACCGAAAGUGAGCUACUUCUGGAACACUUGAAAACUCUAUAUGAUCGUGGAUUGCUUGCUAGAAUUGUCAUUGAAGAAGUUCAAUCUGUAUGCGAAGGAUAUAAGACACCAGAGUAUCAGGGUCUUGGUAUCUUUAAAAAGAAGUUUCCAAGGGUACCUCUUGUGGCCUUGGCUUCUAUCGAGCCAGACGGUAUCAGAGAUGAGGCGGUCGACAUUUUGGGUCUUGUGAACUGCAUUCAUUUUAAGCGGAGGUCAGUCGAUUGUAAGUGUCAGAAAGCAGGGAUGGACAGUCACAAGGUUGAAGAUAAAGAGCUAGAAUUUCGUCCAGAAGAUUCAAUUCACUUCGAAAAGUAUGGAGUUUCAGCAGCAUCUGUGGAAGCAGAACCUUGUGUCGUGGAUAUUGAAAGUUCAAACAAUGAAAGAUGGAGCAGCUACAACUUUCCAUGGGGAAAGGGGCUAGAGGAAUUCAGCGGAAGAUUAUUUGGCAAUUUUUCUUUGGGACCGGAGCAAAGAGAAGUGAUCAAUGCAACUAUGAGUGGGCGCGAUGUUUUUGCAGUAAUGUCAGUUGUAGAAGGAAGCGAAGUGACAUAUCAGCUCUCUGCUCUUUUAUGUCCUGGGAUGACUUUGGUUGUUGUCCCACUUCCUUCCUUUAUCGCCCAUCUAGUUGAACAUCCAGUACUGGGAAAAAAAUCUAUGGAUCUAUUUGGCUUAAGGAAGCUGACUGAACGACAGAGGAUUCGGGAGGAGCUUGUGACAGAACGUUGUGAAUUCAAGCUGCUAUAUGUCACCGCUGAUGACACAAUUACCGAAAGUAAGCUACUUCUGGAACACUUGGAAACUCUAUAUGAUCGUGGAUUGCUUGCCAGAAUUUUCAUUGAAGAAGUUCAAUCUGUAUGCAAAAGAGAUAAUAGACCAGAUUAUCAGGGUCUUGGUAUCUUUAAACAGAAGUUUCCAAGUGUGCCUCUUGUGGCCUUGGCUUCUUCCGCCACAGACAGUGUCAGAGAUGAGGUAGUCGAUAUUUUGGGUCUUGUGAACUGCAUUCAUUUUAAGCAGAGGCUUAUACGCUCGAACUUUCGAGUCUCCUCCUCUAAACAAUCUAAACGGGGUAAAUGUGGACCAACUUCACCAAAACGCUCAUUGACAAUAGAAAAGCAGAACUCUUUUGGCUCUGAUUCUGCUGAUCACAAUAUUGUUGAUGAAGAUCUAUGUCAUGACUCACACGUUGAUUGGAAAAAGGCAGAGAAGACAAACAAAGUUAUUGGAAGAACUUUGUCUGUAUCAAUAACUAAUGAAUUCUAUGUUGUUGUAUCGUUGAAUUCAAUUUAUGGUGAGAACUUUCUUCUCGAUUUUAAUUCAGGAAUUGAUAUUUCCAUUCCACUCAGGGUUCUUCUGUCCAAAGACCUUUUAAAGGAUGAAAGGACGAUUCUGAAGAUCAAUUGGACAGAAACACAGGUUGGCAUCCAUAUAGAACCCAGAGAUGGAGUAAAUGAUCCAUUGACCUUUUAUGGAAAGCUUCAAUCAGUGGUUGAGCAAGAGCAUAUAGAAGGAUCGAUAAAAGCUUUACUGAACGCGGUGCGGGAGGCAUUCAAUUUUGGCGAAAUUCCUAUAAUGGUGGGGCACAUAAUUUACCCAAAGUAUAAGCGGGAGUAUAUUGAAAUUAAGAUAUUAGGAAAGGGUAGCUUUGGAAGCGUGUAUGAAUGCAAGGUCAAACUUGAUGACAUGUCUUGUGCUAUUAAGAAGAUACGUUUUGCCGAAUCAGAAAAAGAAGUUCAAAGUGUGAUUAAUGAAGUCAAAAUGCUCUGUCGCGCACGACAUCAAAAUGUUGUGGACUAUUAUCAGGCAUGGAUUGAAGAUUACAGAGAACCAAAAAAUUUGUAUUCUUACUACGAUAGUUCCUCUUCAUUUGGCCCGAGGGAGAAGAUGAUGUAUAUUCAUAUGGAACUUUGUAAGGAGUCAUUGGAGCAUAAAUUAGCAAAGGAGAAGGAGCUACAUAGGCAUAUGGUAUGGAGUUACUUUAGGCAGAUUUUGGAGGCUUUACAGUACAUACACGGCAAAGAUCUUAUCCAUCGGGACUUGAAGAUGGAUAACAUUUUCAUUGAUGACAUUGGAACAGUGAAAAUUGGGGACUUUGGAUUAGCUCUGCAUAAGGAUGUCAGUUCGACCACAAAGUUGGCACUAGUUGGUGCGGAUCUCUACCGUGCACCUGAAAUGGAAAAGGGGGUGUGCAUCACCAACAAGGUGGACAUGUAUGCCUUGGGGUUGAUUCUAUUCCAGCUGUUUGGUCCCCGGGGAGAUACUGCGAUCCAAAGGUUGAAAGAUUCGGCAUCGCCCAGGCAAGUUUGCGAAAUUUGCGAAAAGUAUAAGAUGGAUGAAACUGCCAAGCCCCUGAUCUUGAAGCUACUUCGGACAGAUCCAUUGAAACGGCCUUCUGCUGCUGAUCUUCUACAGGAUUUAGAUACAUUGGAGGGGAAAAAACAAGAAGCACAACUACAGAAACUUUCAUAGCAUUUGGAAACUGACAUUUAGCAACUGCGAUGGGCCAUGCAGUUGGCUGUGCCUAAAACCCUAGAACAUGGAUGCUGUUUAUCACUGUUUGAGUAGAUUGUGGAGUACUGUGUCUCGAACGAGCGUUUGACACUUGCAAUGUUGUGCACAUGGUGCUAUGUCACCUAGACUCCUUUUUGAUAUUGUAUAAUGAAUUUGUUUCUGCAACAAUGCUAUUUUGAAGUGUGCCAAAGGCAUUAGGACAUUUCUGUUAACAUUCUGGUGUUUGGGCCAUUUCUGUUACUGAAAAGAGUUUCAGCAACUUCCUCCUAAUCCUUGUCUGUGUGAAAAAUACUGAGAAAUUCUUUCCAUGUCUUGUGUUAUCAACUGGGCAUUCAAGAAGUUAAAGUCUGCUUUCAUUGGUCA